GCCGAGAGCAAAGCGUGACCCCGGAAGGAGUGAACCCGGAAGUGAAACUGACCCAGCGUCUGUCGGGCUGCAAUGUAGCCGGUCACAGAAGGUUCCCGCUUCAGAAAGGAAAGCUAGCGUCCUUUCUUCUUUUUCUUAGAUGCUGAGAUGAAUCAUCACCUGUGUGCUUGGCUUUUUAGAUGUUUAUCUCUUAAUGGUCGCCACAUCCACCCCCAAUUUCAUCAAUUUACACAGAUACAUCUUGAUACAAGGCUGUGGGUUUUUAGACAAAACAGGAAUCCCAUUCUCCAUCAUCUGUUAAAUAAGAAUUAUCCUAGGAGAUAUUGUGGACACCAGGACACCAGGGUGCUGUGGAAGCAUAAAGCACUACAGAAAUAUAUGGAGGACCUGAAUAAGGAGUACCGUACACUUGAUCAGUGUUUGCAGCAUAUGUCUGUGAAUGAAGGCGACCGAAAGUCUUUGAAUCGAAGGCAUGCCGAGUUAGCACCACUUGCAGCCAUUUACCAAGAAAUUCAGGAGGCCGAGCAAGCAAUUGAAGAAUUAGAUUCAAUGUGUAAAAGUCUAAGUAAACAAGAUGAAAAGCAGUUACAAGAACUCGCAUUGGAAGAGAGGCAAACCAUUGCUGAAAAAAUCAAUGUGUUGUACAGUGAGCUCUUCCAGAGUCUAGUGCCAAAGGAGAAAUAUGACAAAAAUGAUGUUAUUAUAGAGGUGACAUCUGGAAGAACUACUGGAGGUGAUAUCUGCCAGCAGUUUACCCGGGAAAUAUUUGAUAUGUAUCAGAAUUAUUCAAGCUAUAAAAACUGGAAAUUUGAACUUCUGAAUUAUACACCAGCUGAUUAUGGUGGACUGCAUCAUGCAGCUGCCCGAAUUUCUGGUGACAAUGUCUACAAGCAUCUGAAGUAUGAAGGUGGGGUUCACCGAGUCCAGCGAAUCCCUGAGGUGGGCCUGUCAGCACGGAUGCAGCGCAUUCACACAGGAACCAUGUCGGUUAUUGUCCUCCCACAACCAGAUGAGGUAGAUGUGAAGGUGGACCCCAAGGAUUUGCGAAUAGAUACAUUUCGGGCCAAAGGAGCAGGAGGACAGCAUGUUAAUACAACUGAUAGUGCUGUCAGACUUGUCCAUAUCCCCACAGGGCUUGUAGUAGAAUGCCAACAAGAACGUUCACAGAUUAAAAAUAAAGAAAUAGCUUUGCGAGUGUUGAGAGCUAGACUCUACCAACAGAUUAUUGAGAAAGACAAGUGUCAGCAACAAAGUACUAGAAAACUGCAGGUAGGAACAAGAGCCCAGUCAGAGAGAAUUCGGACAUAUAAUUUCACCCAGGAUAGAGUCACUGACCACAGGAUAGCAUAUGAAGUUCGUGGUAUUAAGGAAUUUCUUUGUGGGGAGAAGUGUCUGGAUCAGCUAAUUCAGAGACUGCUUCAUUCAGCGGAUGAAGAAGCCAUUACUGAAUUUUUGGAUGAAAACCUAAAAUUGGGAAAAUAAAUGCAGAUUUAUUAUUUAUUAUUAUACAAAUGAAAUGGACCUGUAUCACGAAACAGCUGUUCAUAAAGUACAGCUAAAAUUGCACAGUACGUACAAAUAUAUUUUUUAAUGAAUUAAGUCACAAUUCUUGACCUAAGAGCUUGUAAAGUAUAGCCCAACUCUUCAAGCAGAAAACAAGUGUGCAUUGUUAAAAAGAGAAAUAAAGUAUUGAGAAUUGAUUAUAUGA